UACUACCGGACUGGUUGAUCGGUUGAACCAUAAACGGGCGGCGUUGUUACAGCGUCUGCCAUUUUGAUUACAAGUACCUUGCGCGCAAUACAUGGUGUCAACUGGCUCUUCAGGAUAUAUAGCAGUUCUUUAAAUCAAGGCUACAAUCUUGUAGGCAAAAUGCUCUCAGCAGCCCAGUUACUCGAUGAGUUGAUGGGCCGAGAUAGAAAUUUGGCCCCUGACGAGAAGCGAUGCAACGUGCGAUGGGACGACGAAAGCGUCUGUCGGUACUAUUUGUGUGGCUUCUGCCCAGCUGAGCUAUUCACAAACACCCGCUCUGACUUGGGCCCUUGUGAGAAAAUCCAUGAUGAAAAUCUCAGAAUAACGUAUGAGAAGAGCUCUCGGUUCAUGAAGGAGGGCUAUGAGCGGGACUUCCUGCGCUAUUUGCAGUCGCUCCUGGCUGAGGUGGAACGUCGGAUUCGUAGAGGGCAUGCCCGACUUGCACUUUCCCAGGCUCAGCAGAAUGCAGGGGGUCCUGGUCCAUCAGGAAAGAAUGAGGAGAAGGUCCAGGUUCUAACCGAGAAAAUUGAAGACCUAGUUUUACAGAUUGAGGAGCUGGGAUCGGAGGGCAGAGUGGAGGAGGCCCAGGGAAUGAUGAAGCUGGUGGAGCAGCUGAAGGAGGAGAGGGAGCUGCUGAGCUCCACCCCCUCGACUAUCGAGAGCUUUGCAGCCCAGGAGAAACAGAUGGAGGUGUGUGAGGUGUGUGGGGCCUUCCUCAUUGUUGGUGAUGCACAGUCCCGAGUGGACGACCACUUGAUGGGCAAACAACACAUGGGCUACGCCAAGAUUAAAUCCACUGUGGAGGAGCUCAAGGAGAAACUACGUCGUCGCUCAGAGGACCCUCCAGGUGAAAGCCCAGCGCUCAAGAAGGACAGAGAAGACCGUGAGCGCGAGAGGGAGGAAAGAGAGAAAAAGCGCAAAGAGGAGGAAGAGAAGGAGAAGGAAAGGGAGAAGGAGCGUGAAAAGGAGAGGGAACGAGAGAGAGAGCGGGAGCGCGAGAAGGAGAGAGACCGAGAGCGAGAUAGAGAUAGAGACAGGGAGAGGGACCGGGACCGCAGGGCACGGCGAAGCAACUCUAACAGUCGCCACUCCAGUCGAGCAUCAGACAGGAAGAGGAGCAGAUCCCGAGAUCGCCGCAGGUCCAGGAGCAGAGACAAGGAAAGGGAGAGGGAACGCAAACGCAGCAGGAGCCGGGACAGGGACAGGGAGAGAAAGCGCAGCCGUGAGCGCUCUGACAGAAAGCGUCGCUCCCGCAGUCGUGACAAGAGGAGGUCGCGCAGCUCGGAGCGCAAAUCUCACCGCCAUCGCAGCCGCAGCAAGGACAGGGACAGAGAGGAGAAGAAAGACAGGGAUAGAGAGCGGUCAUCCAAAGACAAAGACCGUAAGGUAACGGAGGAGAGGAGCAGCUCUAAGAAAGACAAACACUCUGACGGCGAUACAGCUGCCAUCAAGGCUUCGUCAGAAGCGGAACCGAUGGAGACAGAGGCGGCUGCCUCUGCCUCCCCUCUGCUUAACGGCCAGCAAGAGCUCCUCCAUUCUGAAGGUGACACUCAGUCCAAUUAAAACUGAUCUGAUAGGACCUCAGAUCAGACUCAGGUAAGUGCGUCCUCCUCCUCACUUCCCCCUGGCUCUCAAACCAACCCCUCCACCCUCCCAUACCCCCACCUCUCCCAUCUCCCCUGCCUACCCUCUCACCCUACCUCUCCCACCCUGUUUACGUUCAGUUCAAUGCCUAUGAUUUUGUGUUAUGUACUGUGUGCAUAUAUCUUUAUCCUGUUUUCGAGUAGUGCAUCAUAAGUAUGCACUGAAGAUGAAGGACUAGGCCUGAUGAAUGAGAAGAAAAUAGAAAACAUUCACACAAAGCCAAGAGGGAAAGGCCAGUGUAGCCCUGAGCAAACAUGCCCGGAGGUACCCCUCGUUUUAUAUCGGUUUUUGCUCCUUUGUAGAUGUAUUUUUGUCUUUGUGGACAAAAUGGCAGAAAAAACAUUAACUAUUCCAAUAACUUACCUGCCUGUAUUUGUUUUUUUUUGUUUGUUAUUUACUAAGUAGGAAAAUGUAGUAAAUUUUGACUUGCUGAGAUAUUCAGCCACUGUGUGUAUACAUUUUAUCUCUUGCUCAUAUGUAAACACACAGACACACUUUCAGCUAUCGUCAAAGGUGUAUGUGGAAAAACAAGCCAUUUAUUUUUCCAUAAUCAUAACUCAAAUGCCAUGGAUUUGUUGUCCAGCUUACUGUGCCUGAUAAUGCCAUGCAGUGUGUGUUUGGGGGGUGUUUAUAGCACCGGGGGCCUUACGUAACUAACUAACUGGAGGGUAGGGUUUAUCAAAUGAAUUGCAGCUGACUUCCAUACCUCACACAGCGUUGGUGUUGUGAGCGAGACCACAUGAGAAAAGGGCAAAUUAAAAAUCAUGGAUACUCUGACUGUCAAACUGUGCAGGUACUCACCCCAGGUACUCCUUUCUCUACCCACAUCCAUUUCUGAAUGCUGUUGCCUGUCAGAAAAACAAUUCUGUACUUCUCCAAAACAUGAACUUGAAAGCUUGAAUUUGUUUUUGUUUUUUUGUUUUUUUAUUUGCUAACUUUCAAAUAUGUUUGGGGGAAAGGUAAUUUUUUAGAAAUGUCAGAGGGACACAUUUUUUAAAAUGCAAAUAAUGCACAGACAGCCUGCUUGAUAUACUUAUUCCAACUGCUAAAACUGUCACUGAUGUGUAUAUUUCCCCAUUGUGUCGUCCAGGAACAGUUUUGUUAGGAUAUUUUUAUUGUCACAUUUGUUCAGUUUUUCUCCAUCCUUAAUUGGUCGUUGAAUCCGGUGGAAAAAAUAGUCAAGUGCACUUUUGCAUUGGUGUAAGGAAUAUCAAACAGGUUCGUCACUGUUUUUUAAAUGGUAGGGCCAAAAGUGGAGCUUUUUUGUAAUGAGCUUAGUGUACAGGUCUGCUCAAAAUAGUAUUUAAAAUACAUGCAGUUGAAUAAAAGUAUUGCUAUAUUUUGGCAAAAUGAUAUUAUUGUGCUGGUAUAUGGUUAGUAUGUGUGCAUUAUUAGCAGUGUCCCUUGUUUAUGAUCUACACCUUCCUCUGUGGCUAAAUUGAGGGAUAUGUUUGACUAUUUGCCUUUAAAUAGAAGCUAGUGUUGCUCCAGUAGCAGCAGUUGUUGCUUCAAGCACUUGUUGUGGGACCUUUGCUAACAUUGCAUUUUGUGAACAUUUUUGUGAACAGGGGAAGCUGGGAUAUCUGGUGGAGGAAGAAGUGGAAGAGCGCACCCAUCCUUUACCUGAACCUGACACAUCGCUGCUUAAAAACAAGGUGAACCACAAGUGUGUAGUGGCUUAUUUAAAAACAUGAACCUAACGUGUGUAAAUGAGGGGAGAGGGAAAAAAAUUAAUUGAUUUUCAUGUUCCAUGUUUCUUUUGUCUGGAUGAGGGUAGUUUGUGGUUCAUCUGAUGUAUUUCUUGGUCUAGAUGUCAGUCAGGCAUCACGUUGAAUACCAAACUUUGAGAAGUUCAUUAUGGGGUUUUGUGUUAUUUAGAAAAUCUUUACACAUCCUCCUUGUUUCUUGGCAUUUAGUUAAAAAAUAAAAUAAAAAAAACAGUGCUUGUGGUUUGUUUUG